GAGCACACUUCAUCCCUUUGACAGGAAAGAGUCCAUGAUCAACUGCAGCCAGCCCUUUUGUAGAAGAUGGCUAACUGUCUCUCAGACCUGCUUCAGUAUCGAGGAUUGUUUCAAAUGAUCUUAGUGCUGGGAAUUGGUGGAAGUUUCCCAUAUGGGUUCCAUAUUUCUGCAAUCAGCUACCCUUCCCUGCACAUUAGGACAUUUAUCAAUGAAACCUGGAUAGAGCGAUAUGGCUAUCCCCUCCAUCCUGAGACCAUCAUGUUGCUGUGGUCCUUCAUUGUGUCUGUUUAUGGUAUAGGAGGACUGCUAGGGAGCCUAUAUUGUGGCUACCUUACUACAAAAUAUAGAAAAAAGAAGUGUCAGAUUGUCACUAACCUGAUCAUGCUAGUAGCUUCACUUUUCAUGGCCUUCUGUAAAAUGGCCAAGUCCUUUGAGAUGAUUCUGAUUGGGCGCUUCCUUUAUGGCAUGGGAACAGGUUUCUCUCUCACUAUACAUCCUCAAUAUGUAGGAGAGAUUUCACCCAAGAAGCUGCGUGGAUUUUCAAACUCCACUCUCGCUGUUUUUCUGACACUAGGAAAAGUCUUAGGACAGAUUUUUGGACUAAGAGAGCUCUUAGGAAAUGAAUCGUUGUGGCCAUUGUUGUUGGCUUCUACCGGACUCACAGCAUUGAUUCAGCUGAUUAUGCUCCCAUUCUUCCCUGAGUCCCCAUCCUACCUUCUGAUACAGGAGGGUAAUGAGGAUGCCUUCAUGAAAGCCAUUAAGCAACUCUGGGGUGAAGGAGAUCAUCAAGCAGAGAUUGAUGACAUACUGAAGGAAAAGGCUGCAACAAAAAGCACCAAAACCUUGCGUGUCCUGGAACUAUUUAAAGAACGAUCCUUGCGCUGGCAAUUGUACUUUUUGGUCACCAUCAUGACCAGCUUGCAGCUUAGUGGCGUCAAUGCAAUCUAUUUCUACUCUUUUGAAGUGUUCCGUACAGCCAGGUUUGAAGACUAUCUCAUCCCCUACAUAUCACUAGGAGUUGGGACAUGUGAAUGCCUAUCAUCUAUAGUGUGUAGCUCCCUUAUCGAGCGAUUUGGCAGGAGGAUGCUGUUGUGCGGAGGAUAUGUACUAAUGAUUUUCGUGUUAAUACUCCUCACAAUGACUCUCUCCCUGCAGCAUCAAUUCUUUUGGAUGCAUUACUUCAGCGUCGUUCUGAUCUUCUUGUUCGUUAUCUGCUAUGGAAUUGGACCAUCUGGAGCCACUGGAGCCAUAAUCACUGAAAUCUUCAGCCAGUCAUUCAGACCAUCAGCCUUUCUGAUUUAUGGAAGCAUCAGCUGGGUGUGGCUCUUUGUCCUUGGAAUGAUUUUUCCCUACAUUGUGGAAAGCCUUGGAUCUUUCUGCUACCUUAUAUUUCUGGGGAUCCUUGUGUUCUCAUCAGUCUUCACCUACCUGUUUCUCCCGGAGACAAAGGGGAAGUCAAUCAUGGAAAUUAAAGGGGAAUUUAAUAAGUUAAAUUUUGGAAAGAAACAAGCGGUGAACACAGAAAAUAAUUUAUCUAAGGAACACACUUUCUGCACCAGACUCUGACUGCUCAGAUGGGAAAUGUUACGUAUUAGAGGGACAGGAAGCACUGUUGCAAUCAGACUGAAAUAUAAUCCUAAAAUGGACUGUUAGCUUUACUGUCUUAUUCUUAUUUUCAUAAAAUUAUACAGACAUGAAAUUCCUCAUGCUUAAGUCUUAUUUUCCCCCAGAUAGUCAAACAUUUUCAAGGUUACUUAGGUGACUCAAUUUGAACUAGUCAGUCUUGCACCAAGAUUCACUAGCACAAGGGCUAUACUUAAUCAGUUUCCCCUAUUCCUGAGGGUCUUUCAUAUUGCAACAAAGGAAAGAUUUUACAAGAAACAGGAAAUUGAACUGUAAAAAUAAAAAUCACAGGUGGGGGGGGACUUAAGCAGGUAAAGUACCUGUAUUUAUUUUGGUUGACUAGAUUUCAGGUUGAUUAUGGCCCUGAUCCAAAGCCGAUUGAAGUCAAUGGGAUCAGAAUCUAGGUCUCUUUUCUUGAGAAAGAAAACAAGACUGGAUGUUUAGGAAGCAACGAAGACCUUGUAAAAUAGCUAUUGAUAAAGAGGUGGUAAAAGCUUGCUAAAAAAGCAUCAUUGUAAACAGUUCAGCCAGACUGGAUGACCCACAUCAAGGGAAUUAAUUUAGUGUCCUUACCAAGGAAGUGAAAUGAUCAUGGAAAGUCAUGGAAAAAUUGGAUUAAUUUACAGAAGAUUGGGAAGAAAGCAAAUGUUGUACCAGUCUUCAAACAAGAAAAGAGACGUGACCAUUACUAUCUAGUAAGUCUAACUUCUGUCUCUAGAGCCCUGAUGGUGUCGCUAGAGUAGAUAUGGGGACAGAGUAGGCAACAAGGUUUGCUACAAGGAUUGUUACCUGGGUUAGUGUUUCUGUGGUGUGGUGUGUAGUUGCUGGUGAGUAUUUGCUUCAGGUUGGGGGGCUGCCUGUAAGCGAGGACUGGCCUGCCUCCCAAGGUCUGUGAAAGUGAGGGAUCAUUUUCCAGGAUAGGUUGCAGAUCGGUGACAACGUGCUGGAGAGGUUUUAGCUGGGGGCUGUACGUGAUGGCCAGUAGUGUUCUGUUAUUUUCCUUGUUGGGCCUGUCCUGCAGUAGGCGAUUUCUGGGUACCCAUCUCACUCUGUCAGUCUGUUUCCUCACUUCCCCAGGUGGGUAUUGUAGUUUUAAGAAUGCUUGAAAAGAUCUUGUAUUAUUUAAGGAUCUGCUUUCUUAGUACACAAGGCUUCUGAGAAUUACACCAGAUGUUUUCUGAGAGGUGAAAGUUUGUUAGAGGAUUGUUUUUAUAUAAAUAGUUUGUAAAUGGCUGUUUAUUGAACCAAGUAAAAUGGUUUAUUGGCCCUAAUGUUUGUAAAAUGGUUUAUUGAACCAAGUAGAAACUUAGAUUAUAAAACUGGGUGGAAGUAUUGUCUUCAUCUUUCCAAACCAUCUCAAACUGUAUACAGUAGAAUUUAUGACUCAGAACUAGACGAUCACAUAGUCUUCCUUCAACAAUUCAUGAAAGAAGAAAAAAAUCAAGUGGACCUAUCAAUAUAAUAAACUGCUAUUUCAGUCAGCACUGGUUUAUUGCCAGUAUGGACAAAGCAUCUCUCUUGGGUUUUUGUUUGGUUGGCCUCUUUUAAUGUUUUUGAGACAAAGAGUCUGCUCCUGCAGGCCUUAUUUAUACAAGUAGCCAUUCAUGUGAGAUUUCCCAUUGAUUUCAGUGGUAGUAACAUAUGAGUAAAGACUACUCAUGAAUAUAGGCUACAGGAUUAGACCCCAAGUAUACAGCAGUAUUGUCUCUUCUGAUUUUUUGAGAGGUGAGAGAAUCCACUUCAAGUUAAAAAAUCAAAAGCCAGUUGUGAAUUGAAUUAAGGAGUUUGCACCAGUUUAAGUAAAUACAUUUAAACUAAACUGGUGCAACAGCUGUGUUUAGGCAGGGCUGUAAGCAAGCUCUUUCUUUCUUCCAGCAGUUGGGGAAUGUUGCUUCUAAUUUACUAGACACCUACUAACCAAAGGUUGAUCCACCCUUUUAUUUACAUUUUAUUGAUUUCUUUUCUUCCCCACCCUGAAAAAAUAAGGAAAGAACAGACAAAAAGGGCAGAACAGAAAGGUAAAGGAAGGGAAGGAAAAGGAGAACCUCUCCAUUUCCAUCUGCUCACUUUAAGCUCUUUUAGCUACCUCUAUUAUAUUUAAAAUUUAGUCUGGGAAAUAUUCCAAGCCCUGCCUGUUCUGGGGUAUCUUACAGGGAGCACUAGAAAGCAACAAGUAUACUCAGUAGCUACUAGCAAAAAAAUAGUGUGAACUCUGGGCCUUAGAAAGAAAAUACUUACUGUUUGCAAUACCAAAGAGUCAGAAGGAGAUACCAUAAACACCCACAGCCAAGGGAUUAGAAGGACAAAGACUACGACUUAGUCACUUACUACCCCUGAAAACUGAAUAGAGGCUUUUUCCUCUACUCCACUGAGCACACAAGUAUCCUCUCUUCUCCAUCCCAGUGUGAAGGCUUUGUCGAACUCUUGGAUGAUAGAUCUUAAGACCUUGCCUCCCUCUCAACUCCCAGAGACCUGAAUCAAGCCAGGUGAUUGGGCAGAAAGCAGAGGUGGAUAAAGCAAAACUUUCCAGCUUCAGGUCCGGUAAAAAUGUAGGUGGUCUUAGGAGUGCAUGUCACCACACACUAAAUGUACAGUCCUGCCUUCCCUUAAUUGUAGUAAUAGUACAUUUGUAUUAUGCCUUUCAACUCAAAGGAUUUUAAAGAGUUACACACAUACUCAUUCCCAUCCACCACUGAAAUGCAGCCACCUCUGAUAUGACCUGCGAUAAACCACAGCAAUUCUCAGAAUAGGAAAACCUUAUCGUGCAGCAGCCCAAGUCAUCCAAAAACCUGACUUGGACAAAGUUCGUUGUGUGCUCUGACUAUUAGACAAGCUGCAGAUCUACCCUUAAAAAUGCUAGGUUCAUUUAUUUUCAUUUGAAAAUGAAAAGUGGCCUCCCACGUACAUCCUUGUAAAUAACACCAACCCAGCCCAUUACUUUGACAAAUUCUCUUGUGGCUCCAACAUAAGCAGCCAAUUGCAUCAUCUUGUUGGGGACACUGGGCAUGGCCACUAGGUAACUCGAGGGGAUGGAAGACCACGAGUGUCGAUGAAGCCCCCUCGCACUAGGCCCAAGUACCUUGGCCCCCUACUCACCUGAAGGCACUCGCAGCAGUUAUGCAUACUAGGCCCAAGUGUCUUUGGCCCCCCGGCCUGGAGGCACUCGCAGCAGUUAUGCUGAGGAUCUGCAACAAUAUGUUGCAGAGUCAGACUGCCUGAAACUAAACAAGGCCAAACAGGGCAGAUAUGGAAGAACAAUGCUGAAUAAAGCAGCUUUAUGUAUGGUUUAACAGAUGGUACAGAGAACAAGGGAACUAGCUGGUAACUGGAUUGGCUGGCUAUAUGGAUACUUAGGGCAGCUUGCUAUUGGAUAAGUAUGCUGAAGAAAGGAUGUAUAAAAGCCUGUGUAACUUCCUGCUUGGUGUGCAGGAUUUGAGAUUCUAUUCUCCCUGUACCUUGUUUGCAGCUGCAAAUAAAC